GGAAAGUACAAACCAAUGGUACAAACAGCUAGUAGCUAGCUGUAAAAUUUGGAGCUGAAAGUUACUCGUCCUUAUUAUACCCACUUAUACACCAAAACAAUGAGCAAAAAAGAUAACGUAGGUAUGGCCCUCAUUCUUGACUAUUUAAAUGAGAAGAAUCGCCCGUACAGUGCCCAAGAUGUAUUCGGCAACUUGCAAAAGCAGCAUGGACUAGGAAAGACGGCGGUGGUUAAAGCCUUGGAACAGUUGGCUCAAGAGGGUAAAAUCAAAGAGAAGAUAUAUGGCAAGCAAAAGAUCUAUUUUGCAGAUCAAGCCCAGUUUACAGAGGUGAGUGAAACAGACCUGAAAGCUAUGGACUCACAGGUGUCUGAGCUCAGCACCAAGGUGCAGGCUGUCACUCAAGACUGCAGACAGCUAGAAACAGAGCUCAAGCAGCUCAACAGCUCACUAACUACAGCAGAUAUGAUGUCAGAGAUCCAGCAACUCAAAGCUGAGUGUUCAGGGUAUCGCGAACGCCUGGAAAAAAUCAAAUCAGCCACAAAUCACAUCACUCCAGAAGAGAAAGAGAAGGUUUACAAAGACAGGAAUCUCUAUGUGAAGGAAUGGAAAAAGAGGAAGAGACUGGCAUCCGACAUGAUUUCUGCCAUCUUAGAGGGGUACCCUAAGAGCAAGAAGCAGUUCCUGGAAGAAGCUGGCGUGGAGACUGAUGAGGACUGCAAGGUGGCUGUGCCAAAUACAUGAGAGAAUAUGGAUGUUUCUAGUUGCUCCAGUUUCUUUAAUGUCGCUCUUUAGAAAGUCAUAUUUAUUUUGUGUUUUGAUGGUGACUCAUCAGUGUAUAUACUUUUGUUUGUUUCCUGAAGAUGUUAAGCGAAAGUAUGAUUUGUAAUAAAGUUUUUAUAAACAUA